AGGACAUCACAUAGACUACGUUCUCUUAAACCGUUAUAUAUCUGGCACAGCUACAACGAGCGGAACCUUCGUCGUUGUUAAGGACCUCAUACACCACGAGAAUGAACGCCCGGCCUAUCAUCACGCGAGUAUUCGCCUCGGCCUGUCCGACAUGUCGCAACUAUACUCGAAGAACCGCUACUUCGCGCCGGACGUCAUUAGCAUCAAAGUACUCGACGUCGUCAGCUUCGCCAUCAGCAGCGGGUCUCGGAUUCCGGGUAGCGAAUCUGCCAAACCAGAACCGAACAAGCAGAAGCUUGCGACCGAUUCUUAGUCAUCUCGGCAGAUCCUAUGCCACCGCUUCAAAAGGCCCGGGCUCGUCGACCUCGAUCAAAGUGAUACCGCCUACAGCAGAAUCUUUGAAGACUAGUGAGGAGUUUGAGGAUGCCGAGUUGGUGCCAGAGGAUCAAGCCAAUAUAACCGUGACGGACGAUGCUGUCAAGCAACUGGCGAAGAUAGCAUCGAGAGAACCCGACAACACAAAGCUCGCUCUCCGGCUGGUAGUGGAAAGUGGGGGCUGUCACGGGUAUCAGUACAAAAUGGACUUGGACGAUGACGGCGCUGUCGUAGGCGAUUACAUCUUCAAGCCUGAUGUACAGCCAUGUGUACCGAUCGUCGUGGAUAUCAUCUCUCUGGACCUUCUGAAAGGUUCGACACUGCAUUUCGCAACAGAGCUCAUCGGAAGUUCUUUCCGGCUACAGGAUAACCCCCAAGCCAAGGAGGGCGGAAACUGCGGUUGUGGAGUUAGUUGGGAGCCCAAGUGAUCAAAAGGGCAAGCCCUUGUAUCGAGUUGUAUAGAUUGAACAGGACGACCUUGAGGUCAAUUGUUAUAGAUGGAUU